UUGGAAGGAGCGGAGCCAGCUGCUUUCACGCAGUGGGCCAGCUCUUGGGAAGGUGGCAAAAAGAUCCCAGCGUAUACACCCAAACUGUUUCAAUGCAGCGAUCAGAACGGCAAAUUGGCGGUCGAGGAAAUUUAUAGCUAUUCACAAGAAGAUCUAGAUGGCGACGAUGUGAUGAUUUUGGAUGCACUGAGUGUCAUUUAUGUUUGGGUCGGUAGCGGAGCUAACGAGAACGAAAAGAAGUUCGCCGAAAGUGUCGCCAGCGUAUGUCAUCGGUUUCAUCCUAUUUAAGU